ACGGUGGGUGGAUAAACGAUUCGACACUUCUUAGAAUCAUAAAUAAAUAAUAAAUUAAUAAAUCGUUACUUUGUUGGCGAUAUUAUUUCUAUUCACUGCCAGCAAUGUAACGGAAAUCUCUUGCGAUAAGAGAAUCGCGGUGGCUCGCGGAUAGUCUAAACAGAUGACGACGCAUGAAACCCGGGCCACGAUGAUUCUCUCAUAGGAAACCUGAGAUGCAACAUUAACACUUUGACAAAUGUACUUAGUCGAAGAGCAGCAGAAUCAGUUUGUUGAUCCCGAGAUCUCAAAGAGCACGAAACUCUGUACAAUUAACUGACUGAUUAUCCUGUCUCCAUCGGUUUAAAGGAAUAAAACCUAAAUUUAACCUUGAUAUAAAUCUUUUGUCUAAGAACCUUUAAGGGGCGAGCGCUUACUAGCUGUUCCACCCUUCCUUUGCUCAGAGCGCUAAACAGCAGUUCAGGCUCCUUCACUACCUAUCAUAACAACCUUUAUGCCUCGAGGCCGAAGAAGCAGGAGAUCAGGACGUGCCGUACAGCUCGGUCGCGCGUUUCAAGGCAUUAUCGCGGACCUGACCCAAGGUUGUCCGAGAAUUAAAUCCGAAGAAGUUCUUAUCGAGCCGGUAACGCUAGUAAUACCGCAAGUGGUCGUCAACGAUUCGAUCAAUAAAUCAAAAUCGUGUGCUGUUGAGCCGUCCAGCUCAUGUGUUGUUGAGCCGUUGAGCUCAUGUGUUGUUGAGCCAUCGAGCUCAUGUGUUGUUGAGCCUCUGAGCUCGUGUGUUGCUGAGCCGUUGAGCUCAUGUGUUGUCGAGCCGUCGAGCUCAGGUGCUGUUAAGCCAUCAGGCUCUGGUGGUUUAUCAACCAAUUGCAAUCGCUCGCCCUUACGGAGGAACCGGGCCUUCAAGGUUCAUCCUGUUCAAAAGAGGAUUCAAGAGAGAACUCGGCGUUCUGGACCGGCAUCAGCGAGGGUUGGCAGCUGGUUCCUGUGGACGUUUCAUCCGUCCAUCCACCUAGCGGAAGUACCCCGUCCCACGACCCUCGGUACAGGUACUAUUCGGAGGCAUAUUUCAAGGCCACCGAUAGGGACGCAUACGCACCGGCGGAGGCGAAGAAGUUACGGAAAAAAAAGAUUAUUUGGGUCGACUUAUGGGGCCCAUAAUCUCUACCAUGACAUAGAAUUGCGGAAUAUAAUUGACAAGCUAGCGCAAUUUGUCGCUAGAAAUGGACCUGAGUUUGAGCAGAUGACAAAAAAUAAACAGAAGGAUAACCCAAAAUUUAGUUUUCUUUUUGGAGGAGAAUAUUUCAAUUAUUAUCAGUAUAAAGUAACUACUGAACAAGCUAUUUUAAAACAAAAAGGAAUAAAUCCAAUGCAAAAUGCGGACCCUCGUUUAAAUGUUUCGCAACAACAACAAACAUCGGUACCUGCCGCACAACCGAUGAAUAACAUCAAUCUUACGCCGUGUUUAAGCACUCAAAACAAUGCGUUAAAUCAAGUAGUCGGGAUCGGACCCGUUGGAAAUUCCGGUCAAGUUUUACCCAGCGUUCCUGGAUCAUUGAGCGUACCCAGCAAUGCCGGAGCACCAGUACUAGGAUCUGUUCCCAAUGUAAUCGGGCCCGUGAAUCAAUCAAUCGGUAGCUCGGGACAAAAUGUAAAUAUCAACGGACCAUCUGGAUGGCUACAAAAUGAAUUGUCAAAUCUUCAGUCACAACAAUCGGCUCUUCAAGAGCAAGUUAGACAAUCUGAACAAAAUUUAGCAGCCCAACAUGCGUCUCUUAUGAGAGAUCAACAAGGCAGAGUAGAGGAUGCUGUUAGACAGGCUCAAGAAUCAGCAUUUCAAAAUAAUGCUCAGAGUACUAAUACUGAUUUAGCAGCAUUCGAUACUGUUUUGCAACCAAUUGUUGAUAGCUGCACAAAAGACAGUAUAAGUGCUGGUAAAGCUUGGAUACUACAAAACAGCAUUACUGCUCAGAGUAAUGAAGUAAUUGCUGAAUAUUUACUAAAAAAAGUAAUACAAGGAGGUACAUUCAACCAAAAACUUCACGUCAUCUACUUGGUCAAUGACGUAUUACAUCAUUGCGCCAGAAAAAAGUCAAUGGAUCUUCGACAAGCUAUGGAAAAUGUUGUUGUUCCCAUGUUUUGCAAUACCUCGUUAGCAGCAUCAAGUGAUCAACUAGUUAAGCUCAAUAAACUUCUAAGUUUAUGGGAAUCGAAAAAUAAUUAUUUUGAUGAAAGUAUUGUUGAAAAAUUAAAAAUACCAAGUCAAUCAUGGUCAGAAUAUCAAGCGAAUCUAGUGGCUCAAUUUGCAAGUGCGAUAACUCCAAUAACAACUUCGACGAAGCAAACGUUUGAUAAUUAUCAAGCUCAGCACCAGGCUUUUGUCAAUCACGCGUUGAGACAGAUAUCAAAUAUUGAACAACAGAAAAUUAGUAUUAAUCAACAAUUAAAAGCACCUGCCCCACCACCUCCACCAAUCGUUCCAAAUCAACAAAAUUUAAAUAUGCCGCCAGCACAUGCUGGGCCUCCGCCACCGCCACCACAACCACCGAUAGCAGGGGAUUUAAAUUUUUCACAGCCUCCUCCUGGUUGGGGCGUUACACCAACAACUGAACCUCCACCAUUUACUACAGUACCUUUACCGGAUUUUUCAAAACCACCUCCUGGAUUUGGACCACCGCCUGUCGUACAUGAGACUUCCAUUGAAGAUUUAAUGCCUAGUAUGCCUUACUUUGAGCUUCCUGCUGGACUUAUGGUGCCUCUAAUUAAAUUAGAAGAUGGUGAAUACAGACCAUUAGAUCCUGAAGCUAUAAGAUUACCACCACCUACUCCACCGAGUGAUCGUUUAGUUGCUGCUGUUGAAGCGUUUUAUGCUCCGCCCAAUCAUGAUUCUCCCAGAGAUAGCGAUGGAUGGGAGAAAUUGGGUUUGUAUGAAUAUUAUAAAGCGAAAAAUGCCGCACGUAAACGCAAAGAAGAAGAUAUUCUAGCAGGCUUGAGAAUUAAAUCUAGAUCACCGUCACCAAUUUUACGUCCACGAUCGAAAAGUCCUAGUCCACCAAAAAAAAGAUACAGAAGUAAAUCACGAAGUAGAUCGCGAUCUAGAUCACGAGGAAGAAGUCGAUCUAAAUCUCCUGCAACAAACAAUCACCGGCGUAAUAAUCGUAAUAAUAGUAGCAAUGCACAUGGUGGCGCCGUUCAUAAUAACAGAAAUAGACGCAGGAGAAAUAGUAAUAAAGAGCGAAGCCCUGAUAAGAGAAAUGACAGGCAAGAUCGCAGUCCUACACCUCCCAGUUUCCUUGGCACAACCUACAGUAAACUUCCAUUAGAAUCGUCAUUAGAUGAAAGCAAUAAAGGUCAUCAAUUACUAAAAAAAAUGGGUUGGAGUGGUGCUGGUUUGGGAGCCAAUGAACAAGGUAUCGAAGCGCCCAUAUCCGGUGGAGAAAUUCGGGAUAAAAAUGAUCAGUACAAAGGUGUUGGUAUUAAUCUAAAUGAUCCGUAUGAAAACUUUCGUAAAAGUAAAGGACAAGCUUUUAUUACAAGAAUGAAAGCGAGAGCAGAAGAACGCGCUGAAGAACGAGGAGACCGAGAUUAAUUGUUUAUUUUGUAAUUUUUAUUUUUAAUUAUAAUUAUCUGCUUGCAGUUCUUAUGGUUUUUUGCAUUCCUCAAUUAAUAUUACAUCAAAUGAAUAUGUUUGUUAUUCAAAUUUAAUUUUAAAUUCAAUGCCAUUGUAAAUAUUAUGGCUAAAUGUAUCCGAUUGAUGAAAUUAAUCAAUUUUUGAUUAUAUAAUGCAAUUAACUUUUUUUUUUAGAGGCUUAUUAUUGGAACUAAUAAUUAUCAAUAUAUGAU